GAGUCUUGUACUAUCGGAAAUGCGCGCCCUUGUGCUUGUUGCUCUUGUUGCUGUGGUCGCUGUGGCCUCCGCCCAAGGACCUGGUGGUCGAUGGGGUCCACGUGGCCCAGGAGGUCCAGGCGGUCUAGGCGGUCCAGGAGGUCCGGGACGCGGUCCCGGAGGACCAGGUGGUCCAGGAGGUCCAGGACGCGGCCCCGGAGGACCAGGUGGGCCAGGAGGACCAGGAGGACCUGGAGGACAUAAGGGACCAGGAGGACAUAAGGGACCAGGUGGUCCUGGAGGACCAUGGGGACCACCAUGCAAUCAAACCACCACCAGCACCACUGAAGCCUCUACAAGCACUUCCUCCACGACAGCCUCCUCCACCACAGCUUCCUCCACUACAGCUUCCUCUACCACAGUUUCCUCCACUACAGCUUCCUCCACCACAGCUUCCUCCACGACAGCCUCAUCCACAACUGACUCCUCCACCGAAUCCUCCACAGAAUCCUCAACAGCUUCCACGGCCUAAAUCUCGUGGUUCAGUCAAUUUUGUAAAUAUUAAAGAACGAUUCUGUGCAAAAAAUUCUAGCUUCCAGUUUUAUA